GCAACCGCAGGAUGUGCGCGGGCCCGGCGCUGCGGCAGGAGUACCGGCGGGGCAUGGAGCGGGGCCGCGCCCUUCCCGGUCCCGACCCCUCGUUCGGGGAACGGCUGCGGCAGCGGCUGCGGAACGAGGCGGGGCUGCUGCCGGCCCUGCAGGACGACGCCGGCGCUCUCCUGGCCCGGGGGCUGCGGGGCCGCCGCGAGCCGGGCUCGUCGCUGCGGGGUCUGGCCGCCGCCUUCGACCUGCUGGAGCGGGCGGCCCUCAACCUCUACCUCUUCCCCUGGCGCAAGGAGUUCCGCACCAUACAGACCUUCUCAGGAGCUUACGUACACGUGCUGCGGGCCGCGCUGCCCGACGCCGAGCUGCUGCGGAGCUUGGGCCGGCUGGGCUACGUGCGGCUGGAUGAGCGUCGCCUCGCUGUGUCCCGGCCGCCUCCGGGCACCGAGCUGGCCGCUGCUGCGUGCGGCUUCUUCGCCUGCCGGCUGGAGUGCGAGAUCCUGGCCGAAGUGCUGCUGCGGCUGCAGCCGCGCCUGCCGCGUGCCGAGGAGCUGCUGGAUGCGCGCCGCCUCGCCGGGGACGUGGAGGCCUGCGUGGAGAUGCUGCGGAAAGCAGCUCCCGGCUGUGAGGAUGGCAGGGAUUUCUACGGGGAUGUACCGGACAGCCCUGAGGAUCUCUAUUUCGAGAGGCCAGACAGUCCUGAGGAUGGUGGGGAGCGAGACCCGAGUCUCCCGGCGCUGAGCUCCAAGCUGCAGGGCGCACAGGAUGUGCUCGGGAGGAAUUGGGACGCCUAUGAAUGUAGCGAGCUCAGACAGGAGCUGCUUUCCUCCCCAGGCAUCCCCAAGCCAGACCCUUCCUCCCCUUGCUUCUUCCUGCAGCAGGAGCAGAGGGAGGUGAGCAGCAGCCCCCUGUUGCUCUGCCCUGCGCAGCUGCCCCCUGGGGAGCCCCCACCAAGCAGCCACACCAGGGCUCAGCCCCCUGCUGCCCCGCAGCAACUCCCUGAGCUUCCCUCCUACCAGCUGCACUCAUGCCUGCAGCAGGGCACGCUGCCUGCCUACUGCUGCACCACCUGCCAGCAGCUGCAUGCUGGUACCUGCGCGGCUGGGCUGGCUUGCCGCAGCCGGCACCGUGGGCAGGAGCUGUGCUGUGAGCGGCAGCAGCGCCUCUGGCUGCAGCGCACAGAGGUGGACAUGCUGCUGGCUGACAGCACCAGCACCCGGCCCUAGCAUGGCACUUCAGCUUGAGGGGACACUGCUGCUGCUUGUCCCUCUGCCUGAGAGACACUGAACUCAGCCCCAUGCUCCUACCGAGCCCUGCAGGGCAGUGCCAGGGAGGUAAGAGCUGGGAGGACUGAGCCCUGUUCUGGUUCCUGCUGUAAGUGGCUCGCUGCAUCCCAGUAAAGUGUGGCUGCCUCAUGA